AUGAGUGUCGUCAAGUUCUUCCGCCAACUGUGCUGCCCCUGGGCCCCAGCACUUGAUGAGGAGCCAAGCCCCAUCGCCCCGAGAAUAGCAACAACUGCGACCGCCUCGAUUUCCAGCCGGCAUCGCCGCGCUGAGGAGGAAUACCGGCGUAGGCUCGGUGGCAUUUCCGGGGUAACCCAUUUCAACCGCGAGGAUGAAUUCGGGACCCUGAAGAGGCAGUACGAAGCCUAUUUUCGGAUGAAGCCAACCUCCUCUCGCCGCUGGGGCAAAGGGGCUUGGUGGACUGAGUAUGAGCAGCUUCCAGCUGUCGAUCCUCGGUUCCGCUGGGCAUGA